GAUAUGUAAAUACACAUGAAUUAAGUGGUGUGCAUGUAAAUCUUCCUUUAAUCUAUUAACCAGGGGAUAAGUUUUACCUUCAUUCAUUGGAUAUCUGCAGUUUCCUGCCCCAUGAGAAGAAGCAAAUCUCACUGCAGCACAGGAAGAUCUUCUAAGAGGAAAAAUUAAAAUACAGAGAAUCAAUGGGUCUGUGGGAUAUUUUCGUUACUGCAUCUAUGCCAGUCAUGAAUGUGCUUUUGCUGACUGCCGUUGGAUCAAUUUACGCAACAAACCGUGUUGGCAUUCUUUGCCAAGACACAAGGAAGCAUUUGAACAAUGUUGUGUUUUAUAUAUUCAACCCGGCUCUGGUAGCAAGCAACUUAUCUCAAACAUUUUCAUUGGACAGCAUGAUUUUACUGUGGUUUAUGCCUAUCAAUUUAGUCCUGAAUUCUCUAGUAGGUUCUGCGCUUGGAUGGAUCCUUAUCCAAAUUACGAAAGCUCCUAAGCGAUUGAGAGCUGUCAUUUUGGCAUCUUGCUCAGCUGGAAAUGUUGGAAAUUUAUUUCUUGUCUUAGUCCCAACAAUGUGCAAGGAGAAGUCAAGCCCCCUGCAUAAUCCAGGUGUUUGUGAAACAUAUGCAAUGGCAUAUGCUUCUCUUUCUAUGGCGAUUGGCACAGUUUUGCAAUGGUCGUAUGUCUAUAAUAUUGUAAGAACAUCAUCAAGCUAUAAAGAAGACAAAGAAAAUAAUUAUAUUAUAGAUGUGAACCAUCCCGAUAGUAGUGGAAGGCUUUCCAUGAAAAUUUAUACGAGCGAUGUUGCAUCUACAGAUGAGGGAAUGGUACUUAGUUGCUCAUCAUUUGAAGAUACACCAGUUCUUAAAGGGUAUGAUUCAUCUAUGAAUAAGACGAAGAUUGUUGUAUCAAGUAAGGUAAACGGCAUGCUACAAAAACUUUCACGAGCCAUUGACACAAAGAAGUUAUUUGCUCCUUCAACUAUUGGUGUGGUGCCACUCAUCUCGACUCACCAACCUUCUCUCGACACUGCUUGUGCGCCGUCAGAACAGGGGAUCGCACUAAACCGCACGUGUCCCUUACGAGCUGAUCCUGUAGCGAAGUCGCCGCGGCGCCCUUCCUCUCUUGAAUCUCUCCUUUUUAAAUUGCAAUUCCUCCACCUUUCGUACAAAGAAAGCGCACUGAUGAGUCCCAAAUGCUUCGAAACAGCGAAAGGCAAUGAUUUCACCAUUUCUGAAUGA